GUUGUCUAUUCUAAGUAUUAACUUCUGUGAAAAGUUUGUGGCGCGACACAAUUGGGUAAUGUCAUUCACAUCAGUACUAGCAGCUUUAAUUUUGCUUGCUGCGGACAUAAUCACCGCAAUAUAUCACUACUAUGCAAACACAGACUUGGUAGUGGCCUCCUUCUAUGACGUAUACAUUGUCUUUGUGAUCUACAUGUACCUGCCGAUACUUUCUGUUCGGCGCGUCCUGGUGCUGGGAACGGUAGCAUCCCUUGUGUACAUGGUCCACUUUGUAGUGUUCAUGACUCCGGUACUCCAGCAAAAAGUGUCCAGCAUUACAACGAAUGGAAGUUACAUAAUAAAUGCCACCCACUAUGUGUGCCUUAAUCUGAUGGGCAUUUUCUACCGCAUAACUACCAAUAUGAUGGUCCGGUCAUCAUUCCUAGACCGCCACCAAUAUGUAACGGAGGAACUUAUGCUUCGGAAUGCCAGACGGCACGAAAAGGUUCUCGUCGACAGCAUAUUGCCUCCAUUGAUCUCAAAGUCUCUUCAGUCGGAAAUUCGAAACAAAAUCACUCUGGUCCAACAGGGCACCAAGACGGUCACCAGCCUGCAACGCUCCAUGGCAGUCCAGAUCCAUCCUGAGGUCAGUAUUCUCUAUGCCGAUGUCGUCAACUACACGCAACUUACCACCACGAUCAAUGUGGAGACUCUGGUAAUUAUCCUUCAUGAUCUUUACGGGCGAUUCGAUAUGGCUGCCGCCACGUUCCGAGCGGAGCGUAUCAAGUUUUUAGGGGACUGUUAUUAUUGCGUUGCGGGAAUCACCGAAGUAGAUCCCGAUCACGCGCAAAACUGUGUGGACCUUGGCUUCGCCAUGAUUUCCAAUAUCCAGGAAGUUCGGGGUAUAUAUGAUUUGGAUAUAAGUAUGAGGAUUGGUGUCCACUCUGGAUUGAUAUUCUCAGGUGUGCUUGGUGAGGCUAAGCUGCAGUUUGACAUUUGGGGAACUGAUGCCAACAUCGCCAAUGUUUUAGAAUCCACUGGACUACCUGGAUGUGUUCAUAUCAGUAACCGCACCUUAAGUUACAUUGAGGAGGAGCCAUAUGAAAUUGAGCCAGGUCCAUCUUGGGCGGCGGAGCAUCCCUUAUUAGUAAAACACAAAGUGGAAACCUAUAUACUCAGAAUGAAAAAUUUGAGUAGUACCGAUUUCAAAAAUGGGCACAAUGUUAGAAUGUUCUCUUUGGUCAGGUUUAAGUCCCCAAUCAAUGCAACUCGGGACGAAUCUUCUGAACUUGUUUUUCAGGAAGAGCUUCGCCAAGAAUAUAAAAAAAUGCCUGUAUUUCGUUGGAAGUACGUUUUUGUUUGA